AUGAGCAGCAAGGGAUAUCUCGAUGUUCCCUUGACGAUCGAGGUGGACCCGAAUCUUCGGGGAGCCCAUCAAUAUCCGGAUACCAUUCAGGAGGACAUCCAGUGUCCACCGGGGAUUUCAACCCUCAGACAGUGGGGUCAGACAAAGAUCCCGUCGCGAAAGCAUGCCGGCAAGAGUUUCGAAGAAGCUCACGCAGACCUGGGGUAUGUUCAUCAGAUCUGGAACAGGCGUGCAGUCUCAGCCUGGCUCCGAAGUUUCCAGAUGUAUUGCCGGAUGAGACAGCAUGCAGACCCAGGUCCAACAUCCACGACAGCGGAGAUCACUCAGAAGCCGAUGCCGAUCAACUCAGAGAAGCCAGCCGCAGCUGCGAUGGCAGCACCGAAGUCAGAGAUCAAGACAACCGAACCGAAGGUGAGUCUACAGGUGACAUGUCAGGAGUGGACGCAUGUCGAGAAGGGCAAGACCAUCCAUCAGACUCAAAUCGCAAUUCUGGAACGAGAGGUGGCAAUCGAGACUCAGGUGUCCCAGAUCGAUAUCGAGGAGAACGAGAACUGA